AUGGGGAUGGCGGGGAGAAGGGGGGGAAGCUUGGAGGUCCAGGGGGAGGCAGGAGGGGAUCUGCAGCACCAGGUCCCCCACCCUUCUCCUACCUCCCCCUGCUGCGGGUACAGCAGUGGGGGGGGAGGGGAUUUGCCAUCCCCCUGCUGCGGUUGCGGCAGUGGGGGGAGGGGACCUGCAGCACCAGCCCCCCCCCCUCCUCUCCGCCCUUUUCUCCUCUCCCUCCCCCUGCUGCGGGUGCAGCAGUGGGGGGGAGGGGAUCUGCCGUCCCCCUGGUGCGGAUGCGGCAGUGGGGGGAGGGGACCUGCAGCACCUGCUGCGCCCUGCUGCCCUGUGCGCCCCGUGCGCCCUGCUGCCCUCUGCACGCGCCAUGCACAGCCCCCCCCCCCCCCCCCCCCCCCCCCCCUGCUGCGGGUACAGCAGUGGGGGGGAGGGGAUUUGCCAUCCCCCUGCUGCGGUUGCGGCAGUGGGGGGAGGGGACCUGCAGCACCAGCCCCCCCCCCCUCCUCCUCUCCGCCCCUUUUCUCCUCUCCCUCCCCCUGCUGCGGGUGCAGCAGUGGGGGGGAGGGGAUCUGCCGUCCCCCUGGUGCGGAUGCGGCAGUGGGGGGAGGGGACCUGCAGCACCUGCCUGCCCCCCCCCGCCACCCCCCCCCCCCCCAUCUCUCUGCUGCGGGUGCAGCAGUGGGGGAGGGUAUGGGGGUGGCGGGUGUGGCCAACCCGCCGGCCCUGCUGCGCCCCGCGCGCCCUGCUGCCCUGUGCGCCCCCAGUGGGGGGGAGGGGAUCUGCCAUCCCCCUGGUGCGGAUGCGGCAGUGGGGGGAGGGGACCUGCAGCACCUGCCUGCCCCCCCCCGCCCCCCCCCCCCCCCCCAUCUCUCUGCUGCGGGUGCAGCAGUGGGGGAGGGUAUGGGGGUGGCGGGUGUGGCCAACCCGCCGGCCCUGCUGCGCCCCGCGCGCCCUGCGGCCCUCUGCCGCUGA